AUGGAUUUUAAUAAUAAAUCUCAAACUUAUGACCAUAGCGAUAUACAACAAAUUAUCGAACAUACGAACCAUCUGGAAUGGAUUAAUUUCGAUCAACUUGAAUCAGUCAAUCAACAAGGUGAUUUCAGUCAAAUUUAUUCCGCAGUAUGGAAAGAAGGCCCGAAAUGUAAAUUUGACAAAGAUGCCAAAGUGUGGAUACGUAACGGUCCCACUAAGGUUAUAUUAAGGCGGUUAAAUGCUUCAGUAAAUCAAUUAUAUAAAUAUCGCCGAUGUUUACAAAGUGAUAUACUUGCAGAAUACUUUGGGAUGACUAAAGAUCCAACAUCAAAUUAUAUGAUGGUUAUGAGGUAUUACGAACAAGGAAAUUUAUAUUCCUAUCUUGAUGAAUCAUUGGGAGCCAUUUGCUGGAGAGAUAUCGUAGAAAUAUUGUGGAACAUAUCAGCCGGUCUUAACUUUAUUCAUGAAUGUGGCCUCGUUCAUGGAAAUUUACAUGGAGGAAAUAUUUUGGUUGAAAACGAAGCGGAUUCAAUUGAUGUUAGAAUCUCGGAUACCGGAUUACCCUGUCCCGCUGAUAUAUCGACAAAACAAAUCUACGGAGUAAUACCUUUCGUUGCUCCGGAGAUUUUUAAUGGAAAUAAUCCAACAAAAGAAUCUGAUAUUUACAGUUUUGGCAUGAUUAUGUGGAUGUUAUCAGCUGAUGUGCGCCCAUAUUGCAAUAGAAACCAUGAUUUAACACUUGUUCGGGAAAUCGGUUCAGGCUUAAAACCAAGUGUUGUCAGUGGGACACCACCUGUUUUUGCUAAAUUAAUGUACGAAUGUUUGGAUUAUAAUCCUUCAAAUAGACCAACAGCAUCUCAACUUUACAAUUGUUUAGACAAAUGGGUCACAGCAAUUU